AUGUACUUGGUCAAGUUCAGAUUAAUGGUGUACGAAAUCCCUUCGGCUGCUGGUCCUGCUUGUAUCUAUGAAAUUCGAAUUGACGUGACACGUGUUUUGCAGGGUGUCGAUCUCGGUGAUCAUCCUUCAGAUUCGUUCUCACUUGCUAGUAUGGCUGUCGAAACCGACAUGGUCUUCCGUUUUGUUAAUUCUACCGACACCAACGGCGAUAUGCGGACGUUUCGAGUGUAUCAAGUGAUAGGAACAGCAGCACACGAGGAAUUGGAACUAUACAAGUUCUCACAUUCAAUGACUGGUUCUUCUGGUGGAACCACAGCUUAUCAGCGGAAAAAUAUGAACAGUUUGAUCUUUGAGACCGUUGGACAGAUCAGUUGGAGUUCAAACAUUAUUGCCUCCGCCGUGUAUUUUGGUUUAGAGGAGGUUUCUGUCAAAGAUCUCCGCAAGGUCAAAAAUGCGACCAGCCAGUGGAGUAUUUUGCCCGAGUUCAUAUCCCCAUUACUGAUUCAUUUCAUGGAACUUAGUUCACGCAGAUUUAAAUCCGGUGUCGGUGCCGCAUAUAAGUGGAAGAUAUCAGAAAACAGGACUGACUUAUAUUGUAUCGAUUCACAAGACAAAUACAUUGCAUCGUGGUCAAACCACGAGAGGAUACUAAGGGUGACCCCACGCGCCAGCGCGAUGUUAGAUCGGCUGGUGGUAACUUGUUUCCUGAAUGUGUGGUUCAAGCGACUUGGGCGGUGGUAA